CAAAAUUGCACCACUUUCGAGGAAGACCAAAAACAUGAAAACGAAUUGAGUUCUUUAGAUCCAAACGUAUGCAUUACUUCACUAGAGAGUUUCAGAUAAACUUUCUUUACUGCAAAAGCUCUUCUAUGGAAGCUUAACUAGUUGAGAGUAAUUUUUUUGGCUCAACAAAGGGAAAAUGGAGAAUCGUUUGGCUGUUAUUGUGCUGUUAUUUACUUGCUACUUCUACUUGGGAGAAUUCAAUGUAUGUGCUCAACGAUUUAGACCUGGAUUUGUCUACACAAGAAAUAGAGGCAGAUGCACUCCUCAGUAUUGGAGCAGCAGGAUAGAAUCAUGGCCAAAAAUGGUACCACAAACAUCAACAGUAUCCAAAAUAUUUGGAUCGAGGGCCUACGAGAGAUACAGGUAUGAUCUAACACUGCUAGAAGCUGCUGAAAGAAACGACGAUAUGGACAACGUAUUUGCAAUAUUAGUGAAGCAAUCUACAGCUGCAUUGUUGAACUCAUAUGCCAGAAAGAAUUAUCCAUAUAGUGCUUGGGAAGUGAAGACUAUGCUUAUUCAAGCUUUGGUUUCUGAAAAAUCUGCUUCUAUUUUGGCUCAAAGGUUAUCUGAAGCUAAUGAAGCUUGUAACUAAUUACUUAGCUUCUUGUUGAUUGUGUCUUUCUAAUGUGGUUAAUCUUUCGUUAGCUUUUUUGUGUUUUUCCUAAAUGAAGCUGUAAGCUAUGGAUUUAAUUAAUGUAGCAAAAGAAAAAUUGAGUCA